AUGAGGCAGGAGCACGAGCGGCACCAGGCGCCCCGCCUGCCCCUGCUGGCCAGCAGAGCCCCGGAGGCCUGCCGCGAGGGCACGGGCCCGGGACCAGCCUGGACUUGGGCCUGCAGAGCCCUGCCCAGCGGCAACGCCUUGAGCAACCCCAUCCCCUGCAGCCUGAAGUCAGAGGCCAGGAAGGCCGCCAGGAUUCUGCGGGAAUUCACCGAGAUCACGUCCAGGAACGGGCCUGACAAGCUCAUCCCCGCUCAUGUCAUCGCCAGAGCCAAGGGCCUCGCCAUCCUGUCCGUGAUCAGAGCUGGAUUCCUGGUCACCGCGAGAGGGGGCAGCGGGGUCGUGCUGGCCCGCCUUCCCGAUGGGAGGUGGUCAGCGCCCUCAGCCAUCGGGAUCGCAGGCCUCGGCGGGGGAUUCGAGCUCGGCAUCGAGGUGUCGGACCUGGUGGUGAUUCUCAACUACGACAGAGCCGUGGAGGCCUUCGCGCGCGGCGGAAACCUGACCCUCGGGGGCAGCUUCACGGUGGCCGUGGGGCCGGUGGGCAGGAACCUGGAGGCGGACGUGGCCCUGAGGAGCUCCGCGGCCGUCUUCACCUACUGCAAGUCCAGGGGGCUGUUUGCCGGCCUCUCCUUGGAGGGCAGCUGCCUGAUCGAGAGGAAGGAGGCCAACCGCAAGUUUUACUGCCGAGACAUUCGCGCCUACGACAUCCUGUUUGGCGACACGCCGCGGCCCGCCCACGCCAGAGACCUGUACGAGGUCCUGGACGCCUUCACGGAGAAGUACGAGAGCGAGGGACAGCGGGCCAACGUCCGCCGAGCCGCCCGGGAGCAGAGCAGGGCUGCGGUAUGGCCGCGGCCACCCCCUUCAUUGGCAAAGGGUCCCGCACACUGGGCAGCGGGACUGGGCAGCGGCGCGGGCCGGCCCGAGGUGGUGACGGCGCUGUACUCGUUCGAGGGCCAGCAGCCGGGGGACCUGACCUUCCAGGCUGGGGACAGAAUCACCGUCCUGGCGAGAACAGACUCCCACUUCGACUGGUGGGAAGGGGAACUGCGAGGCCGGACGGGCAUUUUCCCAGCCAACUAUGUCACCAAGAAUUAA